AGAAUUUGAAACGGAUGAGAUCAUCAUGAAUUGUAUAAAUUGCAAUUCAAACGAUGCGUUUAAACAUUACUUCCAUCGUUUCCGCAAUCGACUUCUUCCUCCGUAUUUCUCCAGGGUUUCAGCUCUCUCUCUCUCUCCACCGUUCUUCACCGUCACAAUAACCGCGUUUUGCUUUCAAUACCAAUAAUUGAUCCACACAACACGAUAUCGUCGGUAACUCGCGAGAUUGAAAGAUUUAUUUUUCGUUUCGUGAGAAGCUGGAGAUGGCGAGAAAAACCAACAAUUGCACCAUAUGCGAGAAUUCAAAUCAAGCUUCUAUAUGUUCUGUUUGUGUCAACUACAAGUUAAACGAGUAUUACACUACGUUGAAAUCAUUGAAAGAGCGUCGAGAUUUGUUGUACUCAAAAUUGAGCGAAGUUCUUGUCCGUAAGGGAAAGGGAGAUGAUCAAACAAAUUGGAGAGUGCUUCGACACGAAAAGCUUGCAAGGUUGAGGGAGAAGCUCCACCAUAGCCAAGAACAAGUUACUCAAGGACGGGCUAAGAAUGAGACUAUGUCUGCUGAUCUGAAACAUAAAUAUGGAGUACUUGAUUCUGCCCUUUCUAUGUUGGAAAAGAAUCGAGUGGAGCAAUUGGAGAAGUUUUACCCUAAUCUUAUAUGCACCCAAAGCUUAGGGCAUGGGGCGAUCACCUCUGAGCGUCUUCAUAAACAGUCUGUUGUCAUAAAACAGAUAUGCAAGUUGUUUCCACAGCGCCGGGUAGUAGUCAAUAUACAGGGAAAGGAUGAAUUAUAUGAUCAAAUUUGCAAUGCACUCUUACCAAGAGCACUUGAUCUCAAGUCUGUUCCACCAGAAGAUCUUUCCGUAUCUUUAGGAUACAUGGUGCAACUUCUAAAUCUUAUUGUUCACAACUUGGCUGCUCCAGCACUUCAUAACUCAGGUUUUGCGGGUUCUUGCUCUCGAAUAUGGCAACGUGAUUCUUAUUGGGAUGCACGGCCUUCCUCGAGGAGCAACGAAUAUCCUCUUUUUAUACCUCGCCAACAUUAUUGCUCGACUAAUGGAGGAGAAAACUCAUGGUCUGAUAAAAGUUCAACCAAUUUCGGUGUUGCUUCAAUGGAAUCUGACAGGAGGCCUCGUUUGGAUUCAUCUGCGAGUAGUAGUUUCAACUAUUCUUUAGCUUCUUCUCAUACUGUUCAAACAUAUAAUGAUAUUCAACAAGGAAUUUCACUUUUAAAGAAAAGUGUAGCAUGUAUCACUGCAUACUGUUACAACUCCCUAUGUUUAGAUGUCCCUUCUGAGGCAUCUACGUUUGAAGCAUUUGCAAAGUUAUUGGCAACUCUCUCAUCAUCCAAGGAAGUUCGAUCUGUUUUCUCCUUGAAAAUGGUUCGCUCUAGGACAUGCAAACAAGUUCAACAAUUGAACAAAUCUGUAUGGAAUAUGAACUCUGCUAUUUCGUCAUCUACAUCGCUAGAAAGUGCACAUUGUGUGCCCACAUCGAGAAUUGAGAAUUAUAUGCCGAGUUCUGCUGCUAGUUUUCUUUAUCCUACUGAUUCAUCUGAUCGAAAACGCGAGUGCCUGAUUGAAGGGUGGGAUAUCGUUGAACAUCCCACUCUUCCUCCUCCGCCAUCACAAAGUGAGGAUGUUGAGCACUGGACUCGAGCCAUGUUCAUAGAUGCUAAAAGGAAAUGAUCUUCGUCUGCAACAGACUUCUGCUUUCUGUUCAACUGUUGAAGGGAGUGAAAUCUGACUUAAGAUUCUGGAAACUGUAUAGGUAAAUCAUCUGGAGCAUUUUAGUUUCGUUUCAUCAAUUUCAGGGCUGUAUAAAAUAGAUAAUUGGACAAUGAGAAUUGUUAGUAUUUGUACAUAUUGAUAGGAAAGGUUUAUUUAAUUCUUACUGGAAAGGUUUAUUUUAAAAUUGUUUUUGAUCUAGAAUAUUAUUUUAAUA